UGUGCGCAGGCCCGUCGGCGUUUUAUGCUGGAAUAUUCACGAAGAGCUGGAGGAGUUACCGUGUGUGCAGGGCGGAGGGCAACGUUGCCUUUCCCAUUCUCUACCUUGCCUUUGGAGACUGGGUCUCUCCCCGGAACUGGAGCUCACUAUCUUUCUAUCCCUGCCACCCCAACUUUGGGGGUCACAUGUGCAAACCCCCGGGUAUAGCCUUUUUACCCGUGUUCUGGGGAAUUCCAGCUCAGGUCCUCAGGCUUAGACACAAGUCCUUUACCAGCUGAGCAAUCUUCCCAGCUCUCGGGAGUCAUUUUUGCUCUGGAUGUUCUUGUAAAUAUUUUUAAGUGUAUUUUAUGUCUGUGUUUGCCUGCGUGUAUAUAUGUGUACUACAAGUGUGCUGAUCCCCACAGAGGCCUGAAGAGAGUGUGGAUCCCCUGGAAUGAGUUAGAGAUGGUUAAGCACCUUCAUGUGGGUGCUGGGAAUUGAACCUGGAUUCCUCUGGAAGAGCAGCCAGUGCUCUUAACCACUGAGCUGUCUCUCCAGCCCAUUUUAUGUUUUUGAGACAAAGUUUUGCUGUGUAGUCCAGUCUGUCCUUGAACUCCUGUUCCUCCUCUCUGUACCUUCUCUAAGGUUUGUGAUUACAAGCAUACAAUAGCACUGCCUUAGUCCUCUGUGCCUUUUGAGAUGCAUAUCAAAUGGAGAUGAUUUGGAGGAAUUUCUGAAAGAAAGCGUUAGCUUUCUGUGUAAAUCCUCAUGGAUUUGUAGCUUUGCUUUUUGCUCUGGUACUGUCAUGUCCUUUUUAUUAUAACCAGAGUCUGUGUGAAUGAGUACUGUGUGAGGUCCAGCAUUGAAAUCCAGAAACUUUAUUUAAUCUGCUAGGUUUCAGCACUGCCUACCAGGACUACCCUCCCUUUUUUUUAAUCUGAAAAUAGAUACAGUUGGGACAAUUCACUUUUGUGUUAACUUAGCCUUGUUCUUUGACAAGAUAACUGUAAAAAAUGGUUACAAAAGAAUCCCAUGGUUAACUUCCUCAGGCUCUUACAGAUGUUUAGUGUGCUGGCCGUUCAGCCUCCACUAUAAGCCAGUGGUUGAAGGCCAAGACCCCUUUGGGGCGUGGGGGAUGUGUUCAAGGACCCAUUCACCAGGGUCAUCUACAACCAUUGGAAAACAUAGAUAUCCACAUUAUGAUUCGUAACAGCAGCAAAAUUACAGUUAUGAACUAGCAGCGAAAAUAGUUUUAUUAUGGUUGUGGUCACUGCAGUGUGAGCAAUUGUAUUAAAGGACAGCAACAUUAGGAAGGUUGAGAACCACCGCUGUAGGCUUUUCCUUGAUCUUGGCUCUAGUUCUUCAGAUUAUUAAGGAGUCCCAGCAGCAGCAUGGCUUACGGCACGGAGACUUCCAGCGGUACAGGGGCUACUGUUCCAGAAGACAAAGACGUCUCCGGAAAACACUCAACUUUAAAAUGGGGAACAGACACAAAUUCACUGGGAAGAAAGUAACCGAGGAGCUCCUGACUGAUAACAGGUACUUGUUGCUGGUUCUGAUGGAUGCAGAGAGAGCCUGGAGCUACGCCAUGCAGCUCAAACAGGAAGCCAAUACUGAGCCCCGAAAGCGCUUUCACCUGCUGUCCCGCCUGCGCAAAGCCGUGAAGCAUGCCGAGGAACUGGAGCGCUUGUGUGAGAGCAACCGCGUGGAUGCCAAGACCAAGCUAGAGGCUCAGGCCUACACUGCUUACCUCUCAGGAAUGUUGCGCUUUGAACAUCAAGAAUGGAAAGCUGCCAUUGAGGCUUUUAACAAGUGCAAAACGAUCUACGAGAAGCUUGCCAGUGCGUUCACAGAGGAGCAGGCAGUGCUGUACAAGCAGCGUGUGGACGAGAUCGCCCCCAACAUCCGCUACUGUGCCUAUAACAUUGGGGACCAGUCAGCUAUCAAUGAGCUCAUGCAGAUGAGACUGAGGUCUGGAGGCACAGAGGGGCUCCUCGCUGAGAAACUGGAGGCCUUGAUCACUCAGACUCGGGCCAAGCAAGCAGCUACCAUGAGUGAGGUAGAGUGGAGGGGGAGGACGGUUCCCGUGAAGAUCGACAGGGUGAGGAUCUUCUUACUAGGACUGGCCGACAAUGAAGCCGCUAUCGUCCAGGCUGAAAGUGAAGAAACAAAGGAGCGGCUGUUCGAGUCCAUGCUCAGCGAGUGUCGAGACGCCCUACAAGCUGUGCGGGAAGAGCUCAAGCCCGAUCAGAAGCAGAGAGAUUAUACCCUUGAUGGCGAGUCGGGGAAGGUAUCUAAUCUCCAGUACCUGCACAGCUACCUGACCUACAUCAAGCUGUCAACAGCCAUCAGGCGGAAUGAGAGCAUGGCUAAAGGCCUGCACAGGGCCCUGCUGCAGCAACAACCAGAAGAUGACAGCAAACGUUCUCCCAGGCCUCAGGACCUGAUCCGGCUCUAUGAUAUCAUUCUGCAGAAUCUGGCGGAACUGCUGCAGCUUCCUGGCUUAGAAGAGGACAGAGCCUUCCAGAAAGAGAUAGGCCUCAAGACCCUGGUGUUCAAAGCUUACAGGUGUUUUUUCAUUGCUCAGUCCUAUGUGCUGGUGAAGAAGUGGAGCGAAGCCCUCGUGCUGUACGACAGGGUUCUGAAAUAUGCCGACGAGGUCAGUGCUGAUGGCGGAGCCUUCAAGAACAGCCUGAAGGACCUGCCUGAUGUGCAAGAGCUCAUCACUCAAGUGAGGUCAGAGAAGUGCUCGCUGCAGGCCGCAGCCAUCCUGGAUGCAAAUGACUCCCAUCAAGCAGAGCCCUCCUCUCAAGUCAAAGACAAUAAGCCUCUGGUUGAACGGUUUGAGACCUUUUGCUUGGACCCUUCCCUCGUCACCAAGCAAGCCAGCCUCGUGCACUUUCCACCAGGCUUCCAGCCCAUCCCUUGCAAGCCUUUGUUUUUUGACCUGGCCCUCAACCAUGUGGCCUUCCCACCCCUUGAGGACAAGUUGGAGCAGAAGACCAAGAGUGGCCUCACAGGAUACAUCAAGGGCAUCUUUGGAUUCAGGAGCUAACCAGGCUCUUCCUCAGGGGCAGGGAGGUCCUGACUUACUCUGUAUUGUGAGACAGACAGCAAGUUCCAAGGCAUUAAAUCUAGGUCUGCAAUGGCAAGGGCAGAGCUCAGCACCCUCAGCCCUGCGUCCCUACAUCUUGUGUGUUUGUGACUUAACUUUCAUAGCUGUCAUCUUCUGGGCUGAGUCGGGGUCUCUCUGUCCCCUGUGCCUCCUGGGGACUGCUGUGUCCUGGCUCUUGUAAGCCAUGGCUGAUCACUUUCGGUCACUAAUGUGUUCUGGGUUCCACACCAGGCUUUCGGGGGCGGGGGCUUGGGAGUGUUUGUCAUGUGUCCUCAGGCCUGUGGAUUUGAAACAAACUCCUCCUUGCUGUGAGCUUCCAAAGCCUCCUGAAGUUUGUCAGUGGCUGAAACAUGGGCAGUGUCCCCCAGAGUUACGGUCAGCCUUACCCCCUCCUCCUCCAAGAACAAGCAGAGCGCUCUAUUUUUAACUAUGUUACACUCAUGAACGAUGAAACCAAAUCUUUAUUAAAAGGCAAAGAUGAUGGAAA